AUGAAGGCUAGUGGAAGGCAGCUUCUGGGUUUGGUCUUUGCCAUCUUCGGCUCUCUUGGAUGCAUGGCCAUCUGCAUCGGCUCCACUUGGAAAUUUACUCAGAAUAAUGGGCUGGGUUUGUGGAAGUACUGUGAGAGUCGGGACUAUUACUACAGGACAGCAUGUGAAGCUUAUAUUUCUCUGGAUGUACCUCAAGAACUGAAGGCUGCCAGAGCGCUCACCAUCAUGGCCAUCAUCAUCUGUGUUUUUGGUAUCAUGCUUGGUGUGGUUGGGGGCAACUGCACCACCAAUGCUCAGGAUGAAAGGCAAAAGACUAAAGAGGCCUUUGUUUCUGGAAUUGCCUUCAUCAUUGCAGGUGUCUUGGUGUUCAUACCAGUCUGCUGGACCACAAUCACCAUAGCUCAUGACUACUACAAUGAAGAAUACAGAAUGGGAGCUGCACUCCACAUCGGGUGGGUGUCUGUAGGGCUGCUGUUACUGGGUGGAAGUCUCCUCUGCAGCUCCCGUCCACUCAAAAAGGAGACUAGCUAUGAUGUUAAGUACUCCAAACCUCCCUCUGUGUAA